AUGUCUAUCAGCGAGACUGUGGCGAUGAUGCCGAGUCCUGUGGUGAAAUAUGGCGACGAUCGUGACAGGCCACUUCCAGAACUACAGAUUCUCCAAAGCGCAACAGCCACUGCAGAAGCUGUUGUGGCCGCUUUAGUCCAAUCCGGUGGCUGUGUCGUCAAGAAUCUCAUACACGCCGAUGGAUUAGCAGAAAUCGAGAAGGAUACUCGGCCAUACCUUAACGCCGCGGACACAUGGGAAGGUUCGUUCUUCCCAAAGGAGACACGUCGUGUAACAGCGUUAGCGGAGAAGUCCACGGCAUUCAUGGAGACCAUCGUCGGCAACAAGCUCUACCAGGACCUUUGCAAGAUCAUGCUACGUAGCACCGUCUCGAACUGGCUGGGCGACGAGCAAAAGAUUAGUACGUCGUACCCCCAAGUCAACAGCACCUUCAUCCUCUCUGUCGGUCCUGGUGCUCGCGCACAAGGCCUACACCGAGAUAGUACGAUGCACCACAUGAAUCCAACGAGAAAGACCGCGGAGGAAUAUCAAAUUGGGCAGGACCCUGAAAUCGGCAUUUUUGUAUGUGCCAAAAGAACAACCAAGGCGAAUGGUGCCACGCGGUUCAUUCCUGGUUCACAUCUCUGGGACCCAGAUACUCCACCAACCGAGAGUCUCACCCGUUACGUUGAACUCCAACCAGGCGAUGCCUUUUUCAUGCUUCCUUCAUGUCUUCAUGGAGGUUCUACCAAUACUACAAAGGAUGAGGAGCGACUGCUCUACGGAGCGUUCAUGACCAAGAGUUAUCUACGUCAGGAGGAAAAUCAAUACUUGACCAAUAAUCACGAAAAGCUUAAGAAGCUGCAAAGCACCGAGAUGUUGAAGCUCUUGGGCUAUGACCUCAGCAGACCUUUCUUGGGAUGGAUUCAAAGCGGCAAUCCUCUAACUGCUUUGUUUGAGCCUGCGGAAAAGGGAAAGACGGAUUACUAUUAG